CGAGAAUUAAUAUGGAAAACCUCCAUACUGACCCACAAGAUCCUUUAUAUGACCAUGAAGAACAAAGGAAGAAGAAGCAAGAGUUCAUUCAGAAGGAAAUCCUUGAUAAACGGUAUGACCGGAUUGAUUUUGCCUCGUAUAUGUAUGAAUGCAAGGAAGACGGCACUAAUAUUGACAACUGGAAGCUUGAAGAGUUGAUGGAUAUUGUACAGGAUUUUAAGGACAUACAUAAACCUUUACCCCUUGAAGAUGAGAAUCCUCAACCUGAUCCUAGCACUGAAGAUCAUGCUCCUUCGGAGGUUGGCGAGGUAGAACCAGUUAUUGAGCAAACAAGGAAAGAAAUUAGCGAGCUCUCAUACUUUAAAAAGAGCGAACUGAAAGUAAAAGUGUUUGAUGGUUUGAUCAAGAAGGGAGGAUUUCUUCAGUUUUCUUUCACCUCCUUCAAGGUCACACUAGAUCCUUUAGAAUAUUUUGUCAGGAGGAGAGAGGAAGAUUUCCAGACAUUGCGUAAAUACCUUGUCAAGAUGUAUCCAUCACAAUUCAUUCCUCCAUUAAUAAUCCCCUCAUGCAGGAAGAAGGAAGAUGAAGUUUUGAAGAAGGAGAAGUUUUUCACUAAAUUCUUGACAAAUGUUAUAAGAAAUAGAAACCUCAGAGGCUGAAUGUUUCUUCAAGAGUUCCUUACUAUCAGAGAUGAAAAGGAAUUUAAAGCUCAGAAAAGGUUACGAGAAAAGGAAAAGGAACCAACUCUUCUCUCCGAACAGCCCACAGCAACUGGAGAGGUUGAUGCUUCUGGUUAUAAAGAUGUCUGGAAGUUCUCCUACAAAAUGCCUGAGUUCAUCAACAACUACACUGCAAUUAAUAAGAACAUUCAGGAUGCCACUUUAGCCUUCGCUGCGAAGGCUACUGAAUUGGCUGACAUCGUCUACGACCUUAGCAAGUAUUACGAAGUCCUUGGAUCAAUCUACAACAAUAUGGAGGUCAAGAAUAUGUACCAGAUUCACAAGUUCAUGAGCGAUGUCAUGACAUGUUGGGGAGACACUUACAUGGAACAAAGUGUUUUAAUGGAAGAAAAAUUCUCCAAGUUCUUUUCCUACCAUUAUCACGAAGAUGUUCCUAUGCGAGAAAUGAUCAAAACAAGGUUCAACCUUAAGGAAGAUUACGCCAGAGCCGAGAUCAGGUUGACUGAGAAGAAAGAAAGGCUGGUCAAAUCUCAGGACUUUGAGAAAUGGCAACUUGAUAGUACUGGAAUGGCCAAAAUAGCUAGGCUUAAGAAUAAUGAGGAAAUGGCCAAGAAGUUUAUGCUACCACAAGAGAGUAAAAUUGUUGAACAGAAAAGGAACUUGCUGCAAUACUUCAGCAACCAAGUGAAGGAUCAAACAACAGAUAUGUUAGAUAAUAACUACACUGACCUUUGAAUGCACCUUAUCGACUAUGCCUGUGACCAGAAAAAAAUAUAUUCAAAAGCUAUCGAUAACUGGAAUGGACUGUUCGAGUACUUCAAUGGGCUAGACCUGAGCAUUUACGACGAUGAAGCUGAACCAAAAGAGAGUGCAAAACAAGAGGAUCAAGAAGAAAAACAAGUUAAUCCUUCGAUAAAGAAUGGCACCUCUGCUAAACCAAAGGAAAAUCAAGAAGAGAAAAAGCAAGAGUCUUCUAUCAAUCAGGACAAUAAUAAGGAAGAUGAUCACGAAGAGGUUGAUAAAGGAAAGAUUGAUGGUAAAAAUAAUGGUUCUUCCAAAAAUAGCCCUGAUCUUAUUAAGCCUAAAUCAGAUAAAGAAGCUGAGUCCAAGAAAAGCGAUGAAGAUGACAAAAUAGAGGAUCAAUACGAUAUGAUUAAUCCGUUUGAUGAAUAAAUCUGUCUAAUAAUAGAAGUUAAAUAUU